UGGGCAUCAGUACACGCUUUGCGCUCAGCGGCAGCAGAUCGUCCAUGUAAAGAACGUGCUGCCUCCUCCGCCGCCUCCUCCAGUCCCUCGCGUUUGGCUGUGCGAAAACUAAACAGCGCAAAAAUAUUUGUGGCAGAGAAACAGAGAGAUAGAGAGAGAGAGAGAGAGAGAGAGAGAGAGAGAGAGAGAGGGAGGGAGAGAGACUUCCUGUCUGCUGCUAAUUCCCCAGCGUAUCCACACGCGUGCUGCAACGGCUACGACGCGGAUUUGAACCAGCACAACUCCAAUCGACAACGACUCCAACGGCAUCCGCUGCGGGUUAUUGUACACUUUUUUUCGUGUUUUUUUUUCCUUUACGUUUUACGAACUGCGACAUGCAUACGCCGGCUGCAAAAGUGUCGGGCUACGUUGUCCUGUUGAUUGUGCAAAUAGUUUUCCUGUUGCUAUUCUGGCUUUUCGUGCGUUACGAAAAGUCCGCCAUGCCGUCGCAGCUCGGCGCUGAAGACGCCGGAUCAGCAAACGAACACGUUUCAAAAUAUCCGCAAUUUCAGGAUGUUCAGGUCAUGAUAUUCAUUGGCUUUGGCUUUCUGAUGACCUUUCUGCGCAAAUACGGCUACAGCGCCACGGGCUAUACGCUGUUCAUGUCCGCCCUGGUCGUGCAAUGGUCCGUCCUGAUGAAGGGUUUCCUGCACAUGGAAGGCGGCAAGAUCAGCCUUUCGCUGGAGAGCAUCAUCGAUGCGGACAUUGCCGCCGCCGUGCCGCUAAUCAGCAUGGGCGCACUUCUGGGCCGGACCACGCCCAUUCAGCUGCUGUGCAUGUCCAUCUUUGAGGUGGCCCUGUUUGCGGCCAACGAAUAUCUGGCCCUAAAUGUGCUCAGCAUCUGCGACUGUGGAGGCUCCAUUACGGUGCACGCAUUUGGCGCCUACUUUGGCCUGGCCGUGGCCCUGAUGCUGCGCCCAUCGAGUGACCAGAACGAGGCCGGCAAGCACGAGGGUGCCAACUAUGCAUCCGAUAUAUUCGCUAUGAUCGGCACCACCUUCCUCUGGGUAUACUGGCCCAGCUUCAAUUCGGUGCUGGCCUCGGGCUCCGGCGGCGAGCGCGCCAUUUUGAACACGUUUCUCGCAUUAGCCGCGGCAACAGUGACCACCUUCGUUGUAUCGGCACUUGUCAGCCAUGAGAAUAAAUUGGAUAUGGUGCACGUGCAGAACUCGACGCUCGCCGGCGGCGUUGCCGUUGGCACCGUUUGCAACUUGCUGCUCGGCGCGCACGGCGCAGUCUUAAUUGGCAUUAUCGCCGGCACGGUUUCGGUGCUCGGCUAUCGCUAUUUAACCCCGUGGUUGACCAGCCAGCUGCGACUACAUGACACGUGUGGCGUACACAAUUUGCACGGCAUGCCGGCGCUGAUAUCGGCCAUCGCCUCGGCCAUCUACGCCUCGCUGGCCACCGCGGACGACUAUCAAUCGGAGCUGCAGGACAUUUUCCCAGCCAUGGUCGGCAGCAACAGCACGUCGAGCCAAAUUAUGGGCGGCCUGGGACGCAAUGCCAGCACACAGGCGGGCUAUCAACUCUUCGGCAUUGCCCUGACCCUGCUCAUAGCCAUCGGCGGCGGCAUUUUGACAGGUGCCGUCUUAAAGUACACCAGCUUUCGGAAUCUGCAAAAGGACGAGCAGCACCAGGACGAACAGUACUGGGAGGUGCCGGCGCUGGAGAACAAGGAGGAAUAGUAGGAGGAACUUUUGCUUGUAUACCCUGCUUUAUUGUCUGACCUGUCGAAUAUUAUUCUCUUUUUUUUAUAACAUUCUAUUCUAACUAAUCUAAUGCAUAAGUUGCACUUGCCUGCGCACCAAAUGUUUGCUUAGCAUUUCGAAAUUGUUGUCAACUUUUGUUAACAUUUGCAACAAUUUUACUAGCCGAAUCGGACAAUACUUUGUCCACGCAAUUUGUUUCGCUUAAUUUUUGUAGACAUUUUGUCGCAUUCAAUUAAAAAACGUUGCAAAAUUUACACAUUUAAUUAGUGCAAACGAGAAAUCUGUAUAAAAUA